GUGAGACUUGCAUUUGCGCUUUCUAGGCUAUAUUGAUGCAACAAUUCACUCUGAACUAGAAUUACCUAAUGAGGCCCGCGCACGACAUGGGCCGAAGCCGAAGCCGAAAUAAUGGACACAUCAUGACAUUCCGAGUGGAACAUUCGUUGCGUAUAAUCUCAUAUAUUACAUCGAGCAAAUCGUACAAGUGAAGUAGCUCGCUUUUGGUACAAGACCAGAACAUACAAAAAGAUAGCUUGAUCGGACGUGGACAGCAUCACAAGAGAUCAUCAUCAAGCAGGAGGAAUACUUCCGGGUCAUAUACAUUCAAAGAUACUGGUUGCAUAUAUUAUCUAAGGUUCGAACCGUGAUUUGGAUGUCCCCCUGUUUCGUGGGACCACGCAAUAUCAUCAGACUACGAAAUCAUGCCGCCUGAGAUACAAACCUACGCGUUGCAGCCAGAUGGCCAUCUGGUGUUGAAGAACUCGACGGAAAGUAGCGCAGCGUACUCGUCUACCGACAUUGUCGCAUUUCUCACCAAACGACUACCCUACUCGCUCCCCAUUUUACGACGACUCCAAUUAGGCAGGCGCGGCGAGGAGACUUUGCUGAUCACAACGAGUCUACCCCUAAAUGGACGGGUCAAAGAAGCAAACGAUCCCAAGGCACUUACUCCGGAUUCUCUGUAUACCAUGGCAGUCAUAGACCGAGCCGGGUACCCCUCGACUGAGAUCUGGCCCUUCUCAUCCCUGGAGCUCUAUCACGGCACCGCAGACCACGAGAAGGCUCCCCAGAUGCCCCAGACAGACCCCAGCUCCUUCGUCCUUCCAUUCAGCGACGAGGUCUUCAAAGCAGCAACCUCCCAGCUGCUUGCAGUCCUCUCGCGCAUCCCCAUCACCAACCCCCAGCAGCCCGACCUAGCCCACUUCACCACGCCCGGCACCUUCUGCUGCCUGGCCGGCAAUGUGCACACGACCGUCGCCGCCCUUCUCGCCGGGGCCGACCUCAUCAUCCGCAGCGCGCACGAGAAGAGCCACCACACGCCGUACGGCAAGUACCUCUUUCCCUUGCCACCACCAGCGCCGUCGUCCUCCUCGUCCGGCGAGGGUCCCGAACCCUUGCCCCAGGGUCUGGAGUGGAGCACCAUCGGCCCCGGGGACUUCGCGGGCGUCAUGGCCGCCAACAAGAUCGUGCGCAGUGCCGCGACCAUCGCCGGCUUGCACAGUGCGGCGGUGCGGGACCCCCGCGCGGGCGGCCGGGCGGUCGCCUUCGCCUUCGCGUCCACUGACGGGAGCGUGCGCACCCUGCACGUCGACCCGGCGUACCGGCGGCGCGGGCUGGCCAGGGCGGUGGUGCUGAGGCUGUUGCGGACGGGUAGGGGAAGUGCGUUCGGGCCGCCGGCGGGCGGGCCGUUGUCCGUGGUGGCGGCCGCGGAGGGAGAGGAGGGAAGGGCUGGUCCGCUGGCGUUCACCGGGGUCGAGGGCAGUAAUGUGGGUAGCAUCAAGACGUUCGAGGCGGUCGGGGGGAGGUGGUACUGGGAUGCUUACUGGCUCUGGCUUGAUCUGGGUCGUGUCGAGCAAAGGAUCGGUGUUUAG